GCCAGCUUUACUAAUAUGUCUGCGCCCUUGCUGAAAUUGCAAUUGUUUUGUAAUCGAUGUGCAAAUUAUGUAAAAAGUGCAAGUUACAAAUAUCGUUUUAGCCACAAAAACAUUAAAAAUGUUUCAUAUUCAGUCAAAAGAUAUUUUAAAACAACAACAGGUCCCCUCUUUCAUGGUGAAUAUGAGAUGCAGGAUCCAAAAUCACCAGAGGAAGUAGUAAACAUCACUUUUAUAGAUAAAACAGGAAAGCAUAUUCCUAUCAAGGGAAAGAUUGGUGACAAUGUUCUAUAUCUUGCCCACAGAUAUGGAAUUGAAUUAGAAGGUGCUUGUGAGGCUUCCUUAGCUUGCUCUACAUGUCAUGUGUAUGUGAAUGACAAGUUCCUGGACAAACUUCCAGAACCAGUGGAGGAGGAAGAUGACAUGUUGGACUUGGCAUAUUUUUUAAGAGAAAACUCAAGAUUAGGUUGUCAAAUAGUUUUAACCAAAGAGCUGGAGGGAAUGGAGCUGACUCUUCCUCAAGCCACACGGAACUUCUAUGUGGAUGGACAUGUUCCACAACCCCAUUGAUGUGUGGAAAAUCCCAAAAAUUACCCGUGUGAUAUUCAUUUCUUUUGGUUUUCUACUGUUACAUGCAUCAUCUUUGUUUCAAUUUUUUGUAAUUUUGUGUUUUUGAUGUUGGCAUUUGCCGUUUAUUUUGAUCAUGAUUUAUGGAUAAUACAUGUAAGUGCAAAGGGAAUACAUUGGGAUAUUUUUAGCAAAACUCUCCAAGAUACAGUUUUAGAAAUGUUAUACACAUGUGUUAAUAAUGUAUGGAUUCAGAUAUUUAUAACAUGGGCAUUAAAUGUUAUAAUACAAUGUAUUGGGAUUCAAUUUAGUACCCGGUAUGCAAGUAAAUAAGAGAGAGAGACCCGGUAUGCAAGUAACUAAGAGAGAGAGAGAGAGAGAGAGAGAGAGAUGGAGAGCAGCCUGCUUAUUAUUAGUAUGUAUUAAUGUGAAUGAAGUAAAGUCAAUGGAAAUUAAACUUUGUUUUUCUCCACCACAACCUAGAAGAAUAUUUUUGUCAAUUUUUAAUACAAAUACGAUUUAAUUAUAAAUGCAAAUUAUUUGUUUAUAAAAAUCAGAUGAUACACAGGACAAAGCUCUGCCAUUCAGUCAACUGAAAUGUGACUGAAAGGUUACUGAAAGCUGACUUAAAUGUUACUGAAAGGUUACUGAAAUGUGACUGAGAGGUGACUUAAAUGUAACUGAAUGGUGUAGCUAUGCCAUUCAGUCACCUUUUCCAGACCAAUCAGUUUUCAUACAGUUGACUUAAUUAAUGGCAGAGCUCCAUCAUGUGAUAAGGAUUUACGUAUUAAUCUAAUUUGUUCAUAUGGCAAUGAGUAUACAAAUUAAGAUAAAUAAAAUCUUUUGUUGAACAAA